AUGGCAGCAUCUACCAACUCUAACAAUGCAGACAUCAACCUACUUAAUGUGGAAUGGCGCUUUCAUGAGUGGAUCAUGGGUGUUGGUGGACUCAACCCGGACAAUGUACUUGACUACUUUGCUCAGUCACCAUUCUGGGAUCCUGAAUGCAAUAAUGCAGUCCUAAGGAUGCAAACCCAGUUCAAUAACCUUGGUGAGAUGAAGCAACGCUUAAGUGAAAUGACUGGUGUUGAGUUCGCGCUUGUAUUGGAAAGAUAUCCAACAUUGUUCGUCAUUCAGAAGCAAAGGCGAAGGAGUCCACAUGAAGUCAAGCCCAUAGCGAUAUACUAUGUUCUUCAAGGCAGUAUUUAUCAAUGCCCCGAUCUUCAAACUUUGCUUUCAAAUCGAAUCGUAAGCUUUGAUCCUAUAUUAUAUUUCAUUUCAUUUUUUUUUUUUUUUUUUUUUUUUUUCUUGUUUGCCUCCAAUGUAAUGCCUGACUUCAAAUAUUUUCUCUCUCUCUUUUUUUUUUUUUUUUUUUUUUUUUUUUUUUUUUUUGAAUUUUGA